AUGCGCAGCCACUGUGGGGCCCCUGGGAUUCCAGGAGACGAUGGAAGCGUCGACUUGGCAUCUGCAGAUUUUCACCCCCCACACGCGCUGGCUAUGGCCGAGCUCACGGGAGCCUUCGUGAUUCCUGAAGAGGCAAUCCUAGGCGGUGCACACCGAAAGCUCCCCGAUGAGCAAGAUAGACUCCCCGAAGACGUUGCAUCGCAAGCGAUGGAAGGCAGCGCUGUUUGUGAGAGACCGUUUCCCGAGGUUGGCAGCGUCUCAUCGCCAUCAGGAGCAUCGAGCUCCCCCCCUGCCAGACAACGCAAGAGAGAGCCUCGCUCGGAGAGCCUCUCUGGAGACUCGCCCGCACCGACGCGAAGGGGGCCCCAACACCCCAGCAGUGGAGUAGGUGGUGCCUCGGGGGCCCCUCAGGCUUCCCUUGCGGAGGCGAGAUUGAAGGCAGCAGCAGGAGCAGCCGCCUCCUCCUCUAGAAGGCUUCGAGCGCAGGAGAGGGGCCCCCAGGGGCCUCUUGGCGAAGCCCACGAAACGAAUCGACGCGUGCGUUUCUGGUGGCUUCGCACUGCGCAGUCCCAGUCCUCGGCGGCGGAGACACCCCACACUUUGCCAAACACACCGGGGGGGCCCUUUUUCCCCCCGCCUCUUGGGGGCCCCUCAGCGGCUCCCUUCUUCGGGAUGAACAACAAGUGCCAGCGACUUCCAGGCUCCCGAGCGGCGCUGCUCCCUAAACCAGCACGGAUUUCCUCCGCAGUUCCCUGCAGCAGUCGAAAGGCGGGGGCAGUCCUCGAAAGGGCAUCCUCGGAAAGAGGCACUGGAAGGGUCACAUGCGCGUAUGCGGCUUCACGGAAGCCCCCUUUGGCCAGACGCGCCUGUAGCACAUGCAUCAAGUUCCCACGAGCGCUCCAGCUGUCGCUUCCUGCACCCCUGGCGACUAUCCCACUCGAGGGCGGGGCUGCGCUCGAAGCCGCAGAGGGGGCUGCCAGUGACUCCUCCCCCAGCGUGGGAGCAACCGUGCCGCAGCACGACGCGACUGGUGAUGUGAGCCUACAAGGAGAUCCGAGGAGGAGCAGCUGUGUCUCCCUAAACAGCCUUUCUAGGGGGUCUGGAGGCGCCUUCGCGAACCGCAGUCCGCUGGUGCACCCGCAGUUGAGUGGAGAGAGGGAGCGCCCUUUUCUGCAUGCGCGCGAGGGGCCCCCUCGGAAGGACCCCCUGGCAGUGCAAGGCGUAUCCCUCGCCGCUACGCGUGCUGCUGCUGUUGCGAAGGCUGCCGCUGCCGUUGCCGCUGCUGCGCAAGCCGAAGUAGAAGCGGCAGCAGCGGCUGCGACCUGGGGAGACACUGGAGAGUACUACGGGGCUGGCUGCAGUGUCGCUUCUGCGGGUGGACACCGGAGGGAGCAGCUAAUGCUGGUUCUGCGACUGUUACUCCUCCUGCCUCCCGAGCUCCAGCACGCAGUGCAGGCCAGACUCUUUAUGCUGCAGCAGCGACAGCGGCAUCGGCAGCCUCUACGGGAGCCGAACGCGCGGUGGACACAUCGGGCAGCAACAACAGCGAGCCUCCCCGGCGUGUCCGUGCUAUCGUCUGGGCCCCUCGUCGAAGACUUCUCGAAGGAUGACCGCCAGGAGCAGCAAGUGUGGGAAGUCGAUUCGACUGUAAUGAGCCUUUAUAUGUCCGCAACGCUGCAAGCCUCUGCGAUGCUCCAGCUGACACCAGGCAGGCACGCGGAGACGCGGCAAGCGGUGGAUGCAGCAGCAGCAGCAGGGGUUAGAGGCGUGGAUCUCUUUGCAAGCAACAGAGUCACCAGCAGCUGUACAUGCGGGACUGCCGCCGUUGGUGCAAUGCCUCUCUGCCCCGUUGUAGCAGCGUUGCCUGUUCACGAACAGAGCGGCUUGCUGCCGCGGGAGGUGCGGCCACAAAAAUCCUCUUCGAAAGGGGAGGACGGAGCUGCCGAUUGCGUGUGCGCGAGCUGUGGAGGGGCAUUGCAGGCUUCCUGCUGCAGCCGCUGGGGCUUUGCUGCCACACAGCAUGCCGUUUCACAUGCGUUUACGGAGGUGUCUGGAAGUUCCCGGAGAGCUUGCGGGCCGCAUUGUGGGUCCCUUGAGCAGUGUCUCGAACACGGGGGGCAAGCGCGCUGGUGGGAGUGCGGAGCUCUGCAGAAGUCUGCAUGCAGGAUCUUGCACGAGGGCACAACUUGUGGGGCCCUCUCCCCCCCUGCAACAGCAGCCGCUGAUGCGAGAGGAAGAUGCUGGAGUGGCACCCGCAUCGGCGCCCACGCAUGA